AAGAGUGAAGCUUGGACGACUCGCAUCCGAGCGUGUCGGACGCGACGUGACGCCCAGCCAAUCGCGCCCUCGGGAAAGCCCGGCGCUCAAACACGGCAAACACGCGUGCCACGUGACAGCACCCGCGCCAAGCCAGUGCUCACGACCGACAGAAGCUGAUUGAUACUGUCUCCAACUUCACGGCUUCCCCCAUACUUAUAUCCUACGCCCACCAUGUCGACCGAUCCCAAGAUCCAAGACCUGCUCAACAAGCCUAAGAGCGAGCUCACUGAAUACGAGGUCUCCCUCGUCGAGGAACAUGAGCUCACCGCCGGUCCUCUGUCGCUCCUCCAAACCGCCACGCGCACACACACCCAGGUCCUGAUCUCAUGCCGGAACAACCGCAAGCUCCUGGCCCGUGUCAAGGCCUUUGACCGCCACUGCAACAUGGUGCUGGAGAACGUCAAGGAGAUGUGGACCGAGAAGCCCAAGGGUGGUAAGGGCAAGGGUGUCAACAAGGACCGGUUCAUCAGCAAGAUGUUCCUGCGUGGUGACUCCGUCAUCCUCGUCCUGCUCAGCUGAGCUCCGUCCACGUGACGCGCUCAAUCUCUCGACGGGCCUUGCCUGGUCCAGCUUCUUCCCUUGGUGAUCGAGUUGAAGCCGAUGGAGACGAUUCAUAGUUGACAACGAAC